AUGGGCGGACGGAGAGGCGACAGCUUCGAGGGCGUGAGCACUGACCGCCUCAAGCUGGAGCUGCUGGAGGAAAUCCACAGGAAGGAGGUAGUACAACUCUCCAUGCUUGAAAUAAAACACAAAAUAACGGAACUGGAGGCCAAACUCUGUGCUGACAAUGAAGGUGGUGAAUGGAAAACCCGUUAUGAGACACAACUUGAACUGAACAAUCAGCUAGAAAAGCAAAUUGUUUCUCUUGAAGAGAAAAUGGAAAAAAUUCGUGGAAACCCUUCAGACAGACUGUCUUCUAUCCGUGUCUAUGAACGAAUGCCAGUGGAAUCCUUAAAUACAUUACUUAAACAGCUAGAAAAAGAAAAAAGGAGUCUUGAAAAUCAAGUGAAAGACUAUGCACUUAGAUUGGAACAAGAAUCAAAGGCUUACCAUAAGACCAACAGUGAGCGCCGCACAUACCUGGCUGAAAUGUCUCAGGUAGCUGGCUCACAUCAAGUUUCUAAAAGGCAGCAGAUGGACCAACUGCCUAGAAUGAAAGAGAAUCUAAUGAAAACGGGGAAAUCUUAUUCAGUUAAUCAGAAGACAAUGAGUGCCAAGAAGGGACCAGUGAAGAAGAUGACAAGAACCAGCUACCUUCCAAAACUCAACCCGUGAUUCCACAACUGUGCGGACUUGUAAUUCUUCUUUUUUCACCUCUGAUACUCAGUUUGCAAAGUGAAUGUUCAACACACUUUUUUCAGGGAAUGAAAUAGAUAAGAGCUCCCAAACCUCACUUUAGCUUCUCUUCCAGAAGUUCAUUCCUUUCUUUGCAUGAAAGCAAUUUUCUCACAACUCUAAGAUACCUAGCAGUGUUUGUGACUGUUAAGAAAUACUAAGAAAGCUGAAGGUUGACCUCAGCUCGUUUGCCUUUGAUAAUACACCCAUAUAUGUAUACCCACACCUACCCAUGAUCUGCUCUGAUAGUCGCACUGCUUUAUAUCUGGUUUCUAGUUGGCCAUUAGCUAAAAAUAUGAGGCCAUCAAAUUAUUUUGCUAAUUUAGGCUCUACUAUGUUUGGUUCUUAAAUUCAAGUUUAAACAAAGCUGCAAAUCAAAAGCAUUUUAAACAUUUAGACUUGAAAUAUCAUAGUAUAGCCGAACAGCUUUGA